AAGGCACCCAAGGCGGGGAUCAGCUGUUGCGCCCCGGAGCGCACGGUGCGCCCUUGGCGAGGAGGGCACUUUCCCCAGUCUCCUCCUCCUCUCCUCCUUUUCCUCCCUCCUUCUUCCCGGCUGGGCUCUGCAGUCACUUCCUGCAGCUGUUUCCAUCUGUGUCCGGUGAUGCCGAGCCGCCUCCCCCAUCUCUCCAACCCGAGGAGCACAGAAAGCAGCCGGCUUUUAAGUUCAACUGGGAAGAAGAUGGAGAGCUGAAGCGCACUGUCUCCAAACUUGGCGCAUCCACCGUCGAGAACAAACCUCCCUUCCUCUUCUUCCUCCUCCUUCUCCUCCUCCCUCUCUCUUCCUCUUGGGAAGCCGGUCAGACGUCAUCUCAAGAAGAAUGCUAGAAAGUCUCUCAGUCAAUGAUUCUUCUGCAGCAAGGUGGACCUCCCCUUCCUCUUCCUCCUGAGAAGCUUCCACCUCUUCCUAUGUCAGUGGCCACCAGGCCCACAGCCAACUUGGUACUCUCCCCACAGAAACCACAUGGACUGGGACCAUCCCUGCCACUUACACAAGAUGAGGAACUUGCUACAGGGAUGGAGCAGGACCCGGUCCUGGAGGAACUGUGUAGGCCUUUGUGUUGCAGGCUCUGUAACGUCACCUUGAAUUCUGCACAGCAAGCCCAGGCUCAUUACCAGGGGAAAAACCACAGUAAGAAACUGAGGAAUUACUAUGCUGCCAAUAGCUGCCCUGCUCCUACCAGGAUGACUAACUCACUUGAACCAGCAACAAAUCCGAUAAUUUCCCUUCCACCCCAGGGGACUUUCUCAAAGCCAGGUGGGCGAGUGAUCUUGGCCACAGAAAAUGACUACUGUAAACUGUGUGAUGCCUCCUUCAGUUCACCUGCUGUGGCCCAGGCUCAUUACCAGGGAAAGAAUCAUGCCAAGAGGCUGCGCCUGGCUGAAGCACAGAACAACUCGUUCUCGGAGAUAUCAGAAGUAGUGGGCAAAAGAAGGGUUCGGAAAGAAGGGAAUGAAUACAAGAUGAUGCAGAACAGAAGAAACAUCUAUGCUGUCCAGAAUAACACAGGUCCUUAUUUCAACCCACGAUCCCGCCAGCGGAUUCCCCGUGACCUCGCCAUGUGUGUCACCCCCAGUGGCCAGUUCUACUGUUCCAUGUGCAACGCCGGUGCCAGCGAGGAGUCCGAGUUUCGCCAACACUUGGAGAGCAAACAGCACAAGAGCAAAGUGUCUGAGCAGCGGUACAAGAAUGAGAUGGAGAACCUUGGCUAUCUACAAUGAUGGAGAUGGAGAACCUUGGCUAUCGACAUGACCCUUGCUAGCAGUUCUUUCCAUUCCCCUGCGCCCCCAGCCUCUGGCAUCCCAAUAGGGAGCGACUUCUCUUGCCUGCUGCUUGCCGUGUGCCCUGCUUUUGUGCUCUGUGCCUUAGGAGGCUUGCUCCCCCAGCACUCUCCCGUGUUUUUAACAGCCUGUGAACCUGACAGUGAAUAGGUGAAGUCAAAAGGGUUUAUUUUGCUGCCACUUUGCAGGAGUACGUGCUGAAGGAUGCCAAGUGUUCUUGUUGUUGUCUGUUCUUUAGCUAAGGCUCUUCACUGCCUUCUGGGUCCGGGAGUGGGGGGAUCUCUGCCUCUUCCUUCUGUCCAUCCUUACCCCCCCC